AUUGUAACAAACUGAAACAAUCAACAGUCAAAAUCCUCAAUCUUUUUUCUUAGUUUUUCUAGGAACUUUUUAAAUUCUUCUACCAUUCCCUAACCAGGAUUCUUUGCAAUUGCUAUUGCAAUUCAGGACCAGAAUGAAAGACUGUUAAGACAAUCUCAAAUGUACAAUGUACCUAAACUCUGUUACAUAAAACAGAGGGAGGGCUGAGUGGUCCCUAGCCAGAAUCAGAUACAGAAAGCCUGCAAUGAGUUAGCCAGUAGUUCGUUGUUUUCAGUACUAAUACCUCUGAAAACUCUUUUGUGUUUGCCUUGGAUGAGCUCCAAAAUCAAUUCCCUCGUAGGUUAAAUAAUGAGAUGACCCAAGAGUUGGAACACAAUACAUAUUGUCUGAAGAUGGGCAGAAGGAACAAAUUUGCAUGAACCAUUGUUUUUUCUGUGGUUUCCUAAAAGAGAAGGUUAGUUUACUACAGUGUUCUUCCCAAAUAUUCAAAUUCAGUUGGAGGCUGACCUCAAAGCACAGAGCCAGUAUGGAAUAGUUUGGGGUGAAAAGCUUCUGCUAUGGAAUGGUUUUGGAAGGACUCUGUCUCAAAAGGCUCUUCUUGAAAUUGUGUGAAAUCCCCAUGUUAGGUCAGAGCAACACAGGCAUAGGUAACUAGUUCAGAGUACCCCAAUGUGAAAGGGGAAGGAAAGAAUAAAUCUGUUUAAUGUCCUCUGAAGCUUCUAAAAAGUAUAACAAUAGAAGUAAUGAAAAACCACUGUCAUGCUGUUUGGUUAGGGACAUCUGUUCCUUGCCAGCAACCUCUGUGAGCAUGGAACCAGGUGCUCCUGCUACAGUUGUGUAGCUGCAUAAAUAGAUACAUAUGAAUAUAUAUAAUGGACAGUGAAUGCUUUGGAGGCAGAAAAAAAAUAAGAAAAAAAAUACUUUCUUAGGUAUAUGUGAAGAACCUUUCUGCUUUUUGUCACUAUUUGCCAUUUGAAUUUUACAAGAAGAAUGACAGUAAGCAGACUUGAAAAAAUGCAAUUAUUUUUCCAAGACAAGCAUUUCAACAAAUGACUCUCCUUUUUAAUAAAAAUACAUAUCCUCUCAUGACAUUAUAAUUAAUUUGGUAAUAUUCAGUAUUCACCUAGUGAACCAUAAACAGAAUAAUAUGCCUAAAUUGUUUUUCCCAGGCAACUUUUCAUUAAAAAUCAAUUACUUAUCAUGAAAUGUGAAAAAUUAGUCAGGCACCACCAAAGUUCAUGCAUGGUUACAAUGAAAAAUGUGUGCCCUUUAAAGUAGGCAUUGUUCCUCUCAAACAUGUACUCAAACAGGCAUAAAAGGUCUCUUUAAGAACAUGUAAUUACAAGCCAUAACACCUAGGUUCUGCUAUUUGCUCUGGUAGUCCUUCACAUCCAUUUUUGAAUUUACGGAAUCAUGGAAUUGUUAGGGUUGGAAGGGACCUCUGGUGAUCACCUCAUCCAACCACCUGCCAAGGCAGGGUCACCUACAGCAGGUGCCAAAGGUGGGGUUUGAAUGUCUCCAGAGGGAGACUCCACAAGUCCCCGGGCAGCUGUGUCAGUGCUCUGCCACCCUUAAGUAAAGAAGUUCUUCCUCAUGUUGGGGUGAAACCUCUUGUGGUGUAAGGUCAUUGUUCCUGGUCCUGUCGCUGGGCAUUGAUGAAAAGUCUGGCACCAUCCUACUGGCACCCGCCGCUUUUAUUUGAUAAAUAAUUUAAGUCACUUUCCAUCAAGGUAUUAAAAAUCGGCCUUAAAUCGCUACAUUUCCGCCCGAGCACAUCACUCUUCACCUCACACUCUCCUUAUGGCGGCAGCGAGACACGCGCCUGCAGCACUGCUUUGCCCUUAGGAGCCCUUCAGGAACAGGGAAUAGCGGGGUGCACUCGUGUUGCAGCCGUACCCCUUCCCCUUUCCCCGUUUUCUAAAGCGGAGAACACAAGGUCGGCAGCGACACCCACUUCCCAGCCCACGGCCCGCUCCAGGCGGGCUCAGGCGCCCAGGCAGCGGGUCCUCAGCGCAGCCCCGCCUGUCCCCCGGGGCGGCGCUCCGUGACGGACAGGCCGAGCCCGGCGAGCCCGGCGUGCCGGGAUGACGGAGGCGGAAGCGGCUCGGGGAGGAUGUAGCGGCGCUGGCAGCGGCUGUGGCGCCGCGAUCUCCCCGCCCCUGCAGCCGGCCGGCCCCGCCAUGGAGGUUCAAGAUGCUGGGCAAGAGAUGGUGGCCUCUUCUGGAACACCAGGAUCAGGCAAAUCCAAGCUGGACACAUUGCCCAAAGAAGACCUCAUCAAGUUUGCAAAAAAGCAAAUGAUGCUUAUACAGAAAGUGAAGUCAAGAUGUGCAGAACUGGAGAAAGAAAUUGAAGAACUCAGAUCUAAAGCAGCUGCUGCAGGAGCUGAUGAUAUUAUUCAGGCUCUCACAGAAAGGCUGGAUGCUGUACUUCUGGAAAAAGCUGAAAGUCAGCAGCAGUGCAUAGCUCUGAAAAAAGAAAACAUUCAAAUAAAGCAAGAAGCAGAGGCUGCGGUGGCUAAAACAGAAGAAUUGCAGAAGAAAGUGGAACAAGCAAGAAUUGACUCUCUGGAAGAAGUAAAAGCUCUGAAGAGUGAAUUAGCAAAUGCACAAUGCAAGCACAAUGAGGAUUUAAAAAAGCUGAAGAUGGAAUUAGAUGAACAAGUAAAGAAACAAAUAGAGCUGGUGGAACAGGUUGAAUGUUACAAUGAUAGUCAAAAAGAAGUUAAAAGAUUACAAGAUGAUGUCCAAAGAAUUACAUCUACUUAUGAGGAGCAAAUUUUGUGUCUGAACAAGCAGUUGGAAGCUGUGAAUGAAGACAAAAACAAAGAAGUGACAAAUCUGCAAGAAACUAUUAAAAGCAACUCUCAGUGUUACCAUAAUGAAAUAAAAAAUCUGAAUGAAGAGCUUAAAAAAUUAAAAACUGCUCAUCAGGAAGAGGUGUCAGAACUAAUGCAUCGGAUUGAAAUAUCAUCUAAAGAAAAUGAAGAAAAGCAAAAUCAAAUAAAUCAGUUAGAGCACAAUCUGACAGAGAAAAAUGCCAAGGAUGAAAUGUGUGCUCAGGCUGACCAGUGUGAAUAUGACUUGGAGCAGCUGAGAGAAGUCUUACAUAAAAAUUUAGAAAACAAGAGAGAUGUUGCAGAUACACAAGAAGAACCUUGUGUAAAAGCAAAAAUGGAGGAAAAAGUUAGGUACCUGGAGCACAGUUUAGAAGAACUCCAGUCCCAGCAUAGUAUAUUAAAAGACGAGUUAACUUAUAUGAGCAAUGUCAAGAUAAAACUGGAAGAGGAAAUCCAUCGUAUGAAGGAUGAGUACUUUCAUGAGCGGGAAGACUUGGAUUUUAAGAUAAAUGAAUUGCAGCUUACUAAAGAAGAUUACUGCUGUGUAAUUGAAAAACUAAGAUUGGAGCUUCAAGCAGCAGGACAGCACUAUGAAACUGCUGCAAAAGAGCACAAAUUAGAGAUUCAAACUCUGAAAGAUCAACACCAGAGAGAAAUUUCUGAAUUAAAUGAAACGUUAUUAUCUGGUUCUGAAAAAGAACAGAUGGCAUUCGUUUUUGAAAUGCAGGAACUUAGAGAACAACUUGAAAAGCUAACUCAGGAGAAGGAAGAAGCAGUGUCCAGUUACAACAGCCUGAGAGAAACAAUGGAAACUCUACAGGCUGAGCUAGGUGAAUCUGCUGGAAAGAUCAGCCAGGAGUUUGAAUCAAUGAAACAACAGCAAGCUUCUGAUGUCAGUCAACUGCAACAGAAACUCCGAGCUGCUUUCAAUGAAAGGGAUGUUCUCCUUGAAACUGUAAAUCGCCUCCAGGAAGAAGUAGAAAAAUUGUCAUCUAAUCAGUUAGAGAUAGAAGAACUUAAAUGUAAAAUUGUUAGUCUUCAGGAGGACAAUAGCACAAUGAGAAGUUCCAUUGACCAAAAAGAGAUUACUGUAAGAGAACUGGAAGAGAAGAUUGUUGCUCUUACUGAUCAAAACAGGGAUAUUUUAAAUGAUGUAAAAUGCUUGGGUGAAGAGAGAGAAACACUUCAGGAAACGUGCAAGCAAGAACAAGUUAAAAUUCAGGAACUUCAGCAAGCAGUAGAUGUUGCUAACCAGGGCAAUAAUGACCUGAAACAAAAGGUGGAGGAAUUAACAGAGAGACUGAACGAAGCUUUAACUUCAAAGGGUGAAAAUACUCAAAUGCUAGAGCAACUAGAAAAACAGAUUGAAUCUCUGGUACGUGAUAAAGAACAGCUUUCAUCUGAAGUGUACACACUUCAUGAGGAAAAUAAGAAACUCAGUCAGGAAAAAGGUGAAUUAAGUGAAAAGCUGGGAAGGACUACAUCUGAAAAAGAUAGUUGUUUAGUAUUGAAAGAGCAGUCUGAAAACUUAGAAAAAAAACUACAAAUGAUGACUGCAGAAAAAGACCAUAUAUCAACAUUACUUGAAAAUGAACAAGUGCACACAUCCCUUGUAAGAACACAGCUGUACCACCUACUUGAGCAAGUGGGGUUCAGCUUUUCAGAUUCGAAUGAAGAAUAUGAUUCUCUUAACUUGUUAAAAAUUGCAAAUGAAUGCUUGUCAAAAAUUAAAGAAGAGCAGUGCCUUGCUCUACAAAAGGAGGAGGAAGUCAUUAGUUUGCAGCGAGAAGUUGAGAGAUUAGAGGAAGAAAAUACAGCUCAACAUAGAGAACAUAGAUCCCUGAUUGAGGAUUUUGAAAAAGAAAAAAAUCUCUUGAGAGAAGAACUGGAAGGAGUAUUGUCUGAAAAAGAAGCGCUUCAACGCGAUAUCCAGGAGCUGAGGAAUGCCAGUGAAAAAACAAGGAUUGAAAAUCAAGAUCUUUUAGCUAAUACUGAAGAAAUCAGUCAAAAACUUGCUCUUUAUGAAAGUCAAAUACAAGAACGGCAAAAAGGACCUGAAAAACAAGACGACUUAAAUUUCAUUCUGGAGCAAAAGGAAAAUGAGCUUAGAAAUGUGAAAGACGAACUGAGUUCUCUAAAGAAUUUAAUUGAGACAAUGACUGAGAAAACUGAUCAACAGUCUUCAGUGGCAGAGCUUCAAGAAAAAAUUGGGAUGCUUGAAAAAGAAUCUGCUGAAAAAGGAGAGAAGCUAAAUAAAAUUAAAGUGGUUGCUGUGAAAGCAAAGAAAGAAUUAGAUGCCAGCCGAAAAGAGAUGCAGACUCUGAAGGAAGAGUUGGAGUUGGUUCGAUCAGAAAAAGAUCAAUUGUCUGCUUCAAUGAAAGAUGUAAUUCAAGGAGCUGAAAGCUAUAAGAAUCUUUUGAUGGAAUACGACAAGCAAGGAGAACAGCUGGAUUCUGAAAAAAGCAGAGCAAAUAAUCUUGAACGUCAGAUAGAUGACCUCACAAGACAGCUACAGGUGUCAUCUGAGCAGCAUGAUCAGUUGCGCUCUGCUAAUGAAGACCUCCUGGCUCGCGUUGAAACACUGCAAAAUAAUGCUAAGCUGCUGGAAACUCAGAUACUGGAGAUACAAAGAGCCAAAGCAAAGGCUGACAAGGAGCUAGAAGCUGAAAAGCUUCUAAGAGAGCAGAAAACAAAGGAACAUAGUGGUGCUCUCCGAGAAAUGGAGGAGCUUCAGAUGCAACUUCAGAAGGAAAAGAAACAUCUGCAGAAAACUAUGCAAGAGCUAGAGCUGGCCAGAAAGGAUGCUCAAAAGAGUACACUAAUGGAUAUGGAAAUAGCUGAUUAUGAAAGGCUAGUAAAAGAACUUAAUCAGAAGAUUACUGAUAAAGACAGCAGAAUAGAAGAUCUGGAGCAAGAAACAGGGAUUCAGAAAAAGAAACAAGAGACCCUACAGGAAGAAAUAAAGUCACUUCAGUCAGCUAUGCAACAGGAUGAGGAAAGAAAUGCCAAGAUAAAACAACUCCUGGUGAAAACCAAAAAAGAACUGGCUGAUUCAAAACAAGCUGAAAAUGACCAUCUAAUGUUGCAGGCAUCAUUGAAAGGGGAACUGGAAGCCAGUCAACAACAAGUGGAAGCCUAUAAGAUUCAAGUGGCUGUACUGACAUCAGAAAAGCAUAAAGUUCAGGAACAACUGCGAACGUCUUCAGAGCAGCACCAGCGUACGAUGAGUGCUUGCCAGCAAAAAAUUGCAGCCCUGCAAGAAGAGUGCAGAGCAGCCCAGGCUGAACAAGCAUCUGUUACAUCUGAAUUUGAGAGCUACAAAGUCCGUGUUCAUAAUGUUCUAAAACAGCAAAAGAAUAAAUCUACUUCUCAGACAGAAUCUGAAGGAGCCAAACAAGAAAGGGAACAGUUGGAAAUGGUGAUAGAUCAACUUAAAGUUAAGCUGCAAGAUGCUCAGCAUAAUUCACAGAUGAAUGCAUCUGAACUGCAGGCAUUGCAGUCUGAACAUGACACCCUACUGGAAAGACACAAUAAGAUGCUGCAAGAGACUGUUGCAAAAGAAGCAGAACUCCGUGAAAAACUCUGCACACUACAGUCUGAGAACAUGGUCAUCAAAACAGAACAUGCCCAGGCAUUGAGUCAGCUGACAGCCCAGAAUGAAGCUCUCCGGAACAAUUUCAGAGAUCAGGUCAGGAACCUGCAAGAAGAGCACAGGAAGACAGUAGAGACACUUCAGCAGCAACUCUCCAGAGUAGAAGCUCAGCUCUUCCAACUCAAGAGUGAACCAAGCACUAGAGGUCCAGCUGUUUCAAAUCUGGCAACAAAGAACUUGAGAGAGCGGCGGAGCACUGACCUUCCUGUGCUCGAUGUGCACACUGUGGCUAGGGAAGAGGGAGAAGGUAUGGAAACAACAGACACAGAGUCUGUGUCCUCAGCCAGCACCUAUGUUCAGUCCUUGGAGCAACUGCUGAACUCACCAGAAGCAAAGCCUGAACCAUCUCAAUGGCAAGCAGAUCUCACCAAGGAUGAACUAAUUCAGAAACUAAACACAACAACUAAGAGCGCUGAUCACUUGAAUGAAUUACUUCGUGAAUCAGAAGCAACCAAUGCAAUCCUAAUGGAACAAAUAAAGCUUCUUAAGAAUGAAAUAAGAAGAUUGGAAAGAAAUCAAGAGAGAGAAAAGUCUGUGGCUAAUCUAGAAUACUUGAAGAAUGUUCUGUUGCAGUUCAUAUUUCUGAAAUCAGGAAGUGAGAAGGAACGGCUGCUCCCAGUCAUAGACACCAUGUUGCAACUCAGCCCUGAAGAGAAGGGGAAGCUGGUUGCAAUUGCCCAAGGUGAAGAAGAGAGUACCUCACGGCCUUCUGGGUGGGCUUCAUACCUCCACAGCUGGUCAGGUCUUCGAUAAAGCAGUGGAUGCACUGAGUCUUUAAAAACAUUCCACAACUGCAAUACUCAGAAAUCUUACUGUAGAUCUGCUGGUGUUGUAGCAUUGAACUACAGGGUUUUAUUUGUGUGUGUUUUUUUUCAGCUUUUUAGGCUCUACUAAGAAAGAAGCCUGCAGUAGCUCUGAAAGAUGGUCCUAUGUUAUGCUCUGGCAGCAGUGAACUAUUUUUCUUGUAAAUGUUAAAGCUGAUAAUAAGAACUAUGAAAAGUGACAAAUUCAUUGCAGAUAGCUUGGAAACAGAAUUUGUCAACCUGUGAUAGCUCUUUUGAUAUCAGUUUAAAAGUUUGACCUUAUAUUAACUGGAAUAACUAGAGUUUAGAUUUUAAGCAUUUAAAAGUGUUUACAGUUGCUUUCACAUAUCACUGUCAGCUAGCUAAUCUAUAUGGUUAGUAUUACUCUCUGCACAUUUAAGAAAUUUUAAAUUAUUUCCUCUCUUGUGAUGACUACAAAAUGUACGAUAAUUAAGAAAUAGAAAUGGCAUUUUCUGCUUUAAAGUUGUUGUUUUUCUUAAACUAUUUUGCUUUUGCAGAACAUGAAGGCAACAGUUCACAAAAUGUAGAGGGUGCAAAAAUCUGUAUGAAAUACAGUGCUUGUCACACCUGGGCAUGGUACUGUAGUAGAGAUUAGUGGCAUCUAUGGAAGCCUUAGUAUACUGCUCCAAGAUUCAGAGAUCCUAAGUGAGCUGAAGCUUUGUGAGAAAGAGCUUAAGACAGGGCUUUUUAAUCUGAGGUUGAAGUUUGUGGGAAAGACCAGGAAGAAAUGUUCCAUUACUGUAAUGAUGUCUCUAAUUGGAUGGCAAGACUACUCAUACUGACUUAGUCAUAGUGAAGACACUAAAGAAUGAAUCUGAGCCCACAGGUCAGACUCCUAACAUUAACUUCUGAGAGAAAAGAAUGAAGCUUUUGUCAAUAGAUGCAUUUUUUAAAUGUUCUAAUGAUUGAAGAACUUAUUCUCUCCCUUGCCUGUGUGUAUGUACGUUGUUUGCACAGAUAUUUGCACAGAUGAGAUAUCUCUGUUCCAGGUUGCUCAACAGAAUUUUACAGGUUUUUCCCAAGAAAAAUAAAUUUCUACCAUCUCUUCUUCUAUUGUCAACACAACACCUCUUUUUACCUUCAGUUGUCUUCUUCCUUAUACAGUCCAUAAUGUCUUUCACCAUCUUAAUUUAUUUGUAAGGUUUUAAAAAGCAUACACAUGUGUUUGAAUCCAGCUUAUGUUUAAACCAGUCUUUCUGUCUUUUUCACUCAUACUUUCAUAUUCUCUGUGUUGUUUUACAGAGAGUCUUUCCCAGGUACCCAUACAAAUACUAAAUAGGGUUCUUCCUUUCCUAUCUACCUUAGCUCUGAGGAGAUGAUGCUUCUUCCUUUAAUAUUGCCUUAUUUCAGGCUGUGAUUAAUCUGAACAUAUGGACAGCAGAAUGGCAGCAUGUUAAGAAUAAACUGUUCAGUAAGGUUGCUUUUGGUUUAAUUUUUUGCUUGUUGCAUAUAUUUCAGUAAACAAUCAACAAAGCCAACAGGCUUUAUUUAGGAAUUCUAAUUCCUUUCCACUGUCUUAGGAACUUCUAUUUUCUUCCCCUCCUAUAUAUAUUUUAACUGGAACUUUUAUGGUUUGUGCUUCUGGGGAAAACAUCCUCUGGGGACUUUCAGAACAUAGAACUGAUCAACAGUAGUUUGAGGGAUGAGUCUUUUUAGAUGUCUGUAGAUAGCAAACAGGAGGCUGUGUUUAGGCUUUCUUGCAUUUGCCUUUGGAACAAUUCGGACCAGUUCUCGGAUGCUGGAUUCCAACUCUAUUCAGCUGGAUUUGGUUAAUGUCACUCAGAAGAAUGCCAAAACAGCAACAGGAGAGAUUUGAAACAUAUAUAAAAGUAAGUGCUAGUCAUCCUCCUGCUGUGAUUUUAACAAUGGAUGCACAUGAGUAGAAGGGUAUGGUUUUGUCUCAGUUCACACUCCCUUUGCAGCUGACCUGAUUUAGUCUCCGCUAUUGCUUAAGAGCUGUGACAAGUUCCUCUUAAAAUGCACAUAUUUCAGAACUGUAAAUUAUUGAACACUGUAAGCUGUGAAUAAAGGUGUGCAAGUAACAUAUGACACUGGCUGUAUGAAAUACCAGUUGUUUAUUGACUUCUUUCAAGUCUGAGUUGCAUGCUCACUGUUUUUAGUAAAACUUGAGUACUGUACUUAAGAAUGGAGUGAACAACUUGCAUUAAUAUAUUUUUUUACAAUGAAAGAUAGAGAUCUUAAUUAAUGUAAAAAUAUUUUAAUAACUGUUACUAACUGUUUUCUGUUGCUAAGAUUGCCAGAACUUACCUAUGUGGCAAUAAACUGACUGUAAGAAAAGAAAAGUUUAACAGACACUUGAGUAAAUGGCAUAGAAGAACAUAAACUGGAAAGAGGAUUAUUUUGCAUAGAGAACUUUUUAUAUGUCAUAUAUUUGCAUUUUAAUGUACAGCAUUGUAGCUGUGAUUUGCUUUCAAAAAGCAGUUUAAAGUUUUAACUAGUACUGCUGCUUCUUGAUAUACUGUGGUGCUCUUUUUUGGAAGAGCACUGUGCUGACUUUGCUUUCUGGUUCUUUUUGUUUUCUUUACAGUGCCAUACUUACUAGAAUUUUUCACAGAAAAUAUCACCCUUGCCCAAAAUGUUUAUAAGCUCAGGACUGAUUUUUAUCUUUUAACAGCCUGCCUUCAGUCCAAGCAUAAGGAGGGCAUAAUAAUAAUAAUUCUGCUGUCACUAUACAAAUUAUACAUUAAGUAAAAACCAAAAAUGGGAGUGAUUCAGUGUUCCCAAACCUGCACUGUGGCUGAAUUUUCAGCUGUCGAAUGCUGACUUAGAAAUGGGUUAUAUGUCUUUCAUUUUCCCUUUACCUAGAAGGGAGACUCAUCUGUGCAAGCAAAAAGUGCUCCAGCUGAAAGACAGGAAGAUCAGAGCUUGUCAAGCUGUUGUAUAGAUGUGGCCAGUUGAAGGAGAGUAAGGUUGCUUUUUUCUUUCAUGACCCUCAUUCCCCAAAGUAUAACUGUGGGAAUACAGGGUUCUAUUAUUUUCUAAAUUUAAAUCCUCCUUCGUCUAUCUCCCUUCAUCUAUUUGCUGUGAUAAGAGAUGAUAUAUCAUGAAAUUGUGGAGGAAUGCCUAAAAAUUCUCCUUACUUUGUACUAAGUGACUUUGAAGCCAGAUUAAACAUACAUGCUUCAUUUGGCUUAUGCCUUAGCUUCACCCAGUGCAUCAAUACUUCCUAAAUUACCUGCUAGUUCUACUAUUGUUGGUACUGUGAAAAUAUCUCCCUUAGAAGCCUUGCAAAUAGCAGUCAUUACUCACAAGCUGAGAAACCGAAUGUAUGAAGAGAUAAAAAUAUAUUUGUUGUAGUAAUUUCAGAAUUGCUAGUCUGGAUAGAUAAGUAUUUUGUUUGGAAAUAUGUCUUUGAUGGCCUUUUCAUGUGGCCAUCACUUCAAUAAAAUUCACCUUUACUCAA